GUGGCGGGGCGCAGAGCGCUGGAGGAAGGAGCUAGCUCGGGGCGAAGGCAUAGGGGACAGCGGCGCCUCCUUCCCUGGCCGAGCAGCGGAGGUGCUCCUUGAGCCUGCGUUCCUGCUAGCUUUUCCUUAGCCAGUGCUAGCGGCAGCGAACGGGCAGCUAGCCCCGGCUGGCUCUGGGCAAACUUAGGGCGGCUUGACUGGGCUGAACUUGCUGGCUUGCGUGUGGUUUGGCGAGGAGCCGCAGCCCGGGCGAAGGAAACCUGGUGGCAUAGGGAGCUUGUUCCUCUUUGAAGUCUCCCUGCCCGGAGCCCCGCAGCCGCUACCGAGCAGGCAGUGGCAAGCUCCGCGCUUUCCAGGCAGUAGCAGCACCAGGUGCGGGGCUGGUAGUGACGCCUAGGAGCCCGGGCAGUGCUUAGUGUUAGGAUAGUGGGUGUCCGCGCAGCCUCUCGCCUCUUCUAGCUCCUGAGGGCAGGCUUUGCACGGCCCCUUGCGCUGCACGCUGAGCGGACUGUGCCACGGUUGCCGGUGUCCCUUAAGCUCACUAGGCUCCACGCGGCUUUGGGGAGAGGGGACUGUUUCUGGAGAGGGGGAGUGCGGAGCCCCGUGGAGCGCAGAGCAGGCAGGCUCCCCUUCCCGUGGUAGGCAGCUGAGCCCUUGGGAACAGCGCUGCAAGCAUGAACAUCCUGCUGGAGUUCUUCGUAGUCACUUUCAAAGUGCUCUGGGCGUUCGUGCUGGCUGCGGCCAAGUGGCUGGGCUGGCCCAACAUCACCGGGGCAGGCAGUGGCCUGGGCCGCCUCUUCGCCCUGGAGUUCGCCCGGCGCCGGGCACUGCUGGUGCUGUGGGACAUCAACACGCAGAGCAAUGAGGAGACGGCAGGCAUGGUGCGCCACAUCUACAGGGAGAUCUCCGAAGAGGCCACUGCCACUGCCCAGCAAGCAGCUGGAGAUGGUGAAGAAGAGGUGCUGACCCACUGCAAUUUGCAGGUUUAUACAUAUACCUGCGAUGUGAGCAAGAGAGAGAAUGUCUACUUGACAGCUGAGAGAGUCCGCAAAGAGGUUGGAGAGGUCUCUGUCCUGGUUAACAAUGCUGGUGUAGUCUCUGGACACCAUCUCCUAGAGUGCCCUGAUGAGCUUAUUGAAAGGACAAUGAUGGUUAACUGCCAUGCACACUUCUGGACCACUAAAGCAUUCCUUCCCAAGAUGCUGGAGAUGAAUCAUGGGCACAUCGUGACAGUUGCAAGCUCCCUGGGUUUGUUCAGUACUGCUGGAGUGGAGGAUUAUUGUGCCAGCAAAUUCGGAGCUGUGGGUUUCCAUGAAUCUUUGAGCCAUGAAUUGAAGGCUGCUGACAAAGAUGGCAUUAAAACAACCCUGGUCUGCCCUUAUCUUGUAGACACAGGAAUGUUUAGAGGAUGUAGAAUCAGAAAAGAAAUUGAACCUUUCCUCCCACCUCUGAAGCCAGACUACUGUGUAAAGCAGGCUAUGAGAGCUAUCCUCACAGAUCAGCCUAUGAUUUGCACACCUCGCUUGAUGUACAUGGUAACCUUCAUGAAAAGCAUCUUGCCCUUUGAAGCAGUUGUGUGCAUGUACCGGUUCUUGGGAGCAGACAAGUGUAUGUACCCUUUCAUUGCUCAAAGAAAACAGGCUACAAACAACAAUGAAGCAAAAAAUGGAAUUUAACACUUUUAUAUGGACUGGCAUUUAUAGCUGACUAUAAUCAAAAAUGUUACAUGACUGAAUUUUGAAGUGCACUUGCAUCCAGCUGAUGCAAAUGUCAACAUUUUGCUGUGGCAUUCUCUUCGAUCUUAAACCUGUGUAUUGUAGUUACAAAAAAUCAAUGGGUUUUUUUUACAUGCUGUAAAUAAACUGACUAUAGAGUACUUGGAAAAUGUGAUAGGUAAAGUGAAUCUAAAAUGUAGCUGCCAUUGUCCUUUAGACUAUUACUGUAUGUACAGUAAAGCUAGUUAUACUACUUUUUGUAGAGAUGCACUGUGUGAAAUCUUUUCCUCAGACUGCCAAUGUUUAAAAGCUGUUUACAGCUAGAAGAUGCAGUGUUUCAGAAAUUGCUUUUUCUUUCUCUAUGUAUUAAAACAAAUUCAUGCAAUUUAAACUACUCCUACAUGUGACCAUUUUAGCAAAUUCAAGGACUGAUUAUGAAUGCAUCUUUCCACAUGCUAACCUAAGCUGUAAAGGAUUCAUGGUCGACCUGUGGUAUAAUUCUCUUAAGUGGCGACUGCAUGCCUUCUGUAUUUAAAAAGGAAUUUGUAAAUCUCCAAUUCAAAGGCAUAUAGAUGUCCUUGGAAUAUUUUCAGAGAAUAUAUUGGGCAUCCUGAGAAAUGCAGUCUGUGGCUUAAGCCAUUCGACUUUUUCAAAUCAUUUGAUUUGAAAUGUGCUCUGUGUUCUGUCCAUCACUCUGGAUGGCAGACUCCUACCCUAGGAGACUACAUUUUUCUUCCUCCUUAAUCUUCCUUCCAUCAUCCCCACUGCACCUGCACAACACCCCCCACCCCAAUCUCCCAAGGAAGUUGUAUUAAAUUUCUGUAUCUGGGCUCUUGCCUAAAAUACAAAGCAACUCCAGCAGAGUUACAAAUUGUUUAUGUAAGUUCUGGUUUUGUGCCAACACAUUAGCAAAAGAAAAAGAAACUACUGCUUGACGCAUCUUUUAUGUGUGGAAUAUGGAAGGGUGCAAAGACUUUCAAAAAAUUGUAUUUGCAUUGUAGAAUAGCAAAUGACAUUUUUACAGUAUUUUUUGUAAAGCAAACAAUAUUGUGCCUUGAAUUUGGUAAUUUGUGUGUUAGUGAAAUAUUGUAAAAGUGAACUUCUACCUCUGUAUCUUAAUGUAUAUCAUUCACUUGUAAAUUGCUAUCAAAUUAUGUGAUUACUUUUUUAGAAUGUCUUGUUAAAUAGUGACCAAUGUUUGUUUAUUAAAGUGAGCCACCUUUUACUUAAA